ACCCUAUGCUGACCUGAUGUGGGCCUUGGAGCGUGGGGUGGAGGAGUCGUCUUUGAGACAGGCCCGACUGUUCUACCUCCAUUUUAUCACUUCCACUUUUCUGCCGGGUCCUACUGACACCUUUGACCCGAGGUGGAUAGGUUUGGUGGAGCACGUGUCUUCGCUGGGCGACUACUGCUGGGGCGAUUUGGGCUAUGCGACGCUCGUAGGCCAGAUGAGUUUGGCGGUGCGAGACUCGGACCCGCGUAGACAUCACUUUGUCAUUGCAUUGGCGGGAGUGCCGCGUUUGAUUGAGCUGUGGGCCUUCGAGCAUUUGCCUUGGCUGGCUCCCCGAAAGGGGCAGAGGCCUUUGGAGUACCCUGUCGGUCGUCGUUGGGGUUGGAAGAAGAAGCUGACGGCGCGUCCGCCGCCCGAUACCGUGUGGGAUCUUAUCCGGGACGGGAACCCCGAGCAUGUGCAGCACCUUAUCCUUUAUCUCGUGGCCUGGACCCCAUGGCUCUCCUUUAGGGGUUCCUAUGCUUCGGUUAGGGAUAGUUAUGCCCUGAGCCAGAUGCGGGUUUUGUUUAUUGGUCGCCGUGACCCUGUCUGGCGAGGCGUGGAGGGUCCAUUCGAGGACGGGCGUGUCGGCGACGGAGUUGGUGAUAGCGGGAGCUAG